AUGUCAUCACGUAUCUCACCGAUGCAACAAGAAUCUGCCACUAGAAGCAAGAAUAUGUCGGUCAAAAAGGCGAAAGGGCUUUCCGCGCAAUCACUGUUGGAGAAGAUAAGUGUGGAUCAUGUGGAAUGCUCCAUCUGCACCAACCGUUUCAACCAGCCCAAAGUGCUGGACUGUUUGCACAGUUUUUGCCUCGAAUGCCUUCAACAGUUGAGCCAGGGUAAAGAAGCUGUCGAUUCCAAGUUGAAAUGCCCCUUGUGUCGACGCGAAACUACGACGCAACAUGUCGGUGAUUUGCCUGAUAACUUCACACUUAGUGCACUGGUGGAAGAAGUGACGAUGCAGGAAAAACUACUUGAAGGUCAAGGUUCAGAGAUCAAAUGUCAGUCCUGUAACGAGGGGAAUCCCGCAGCGUCCAGAUGCAUGGACUGCGACCAUUUCCUCUGUCAAGAAUGUCAAAGGGCACACGGGCGAUUGGCAAUGCUGACAUCUCACCAAGUAUACGAUCUUGCGCAGCUAAGAUCAGGAGAGAUUGCUUACAGGAGCAAGCUGAGAGAGGCUCCAAAAUGCGGUAAACACCGUGACCAGAAUCUUAGCAUUUACUGCAAUUCAUGUGAGCAGUUGGUCUGCACAACGUGCUGCAUUCUAGACCACACCAAACCGGAACACUCGCUCAUAAGCCUACCCGAGGCUUUAGAGAGAUGCAAGCAGGAGGUUGCUGAAGUCACCGUGAUAGCUGAACAUCGCAAAGUAGAUUUUCGCAUUGCCAUGGAAGAAAUCGACGUCUCCAACAAGAAACUGGAUGCAAACUUUGACGACGUCAGGAAGAAAAUCUCCGUGAAAGCGGAUGAGGAGGUUGCCAAGAUUAGACAGGAGGAGCACAAACUGAAGCAAGAGUUAGAAAAGAUCUACCAAGACAGAGUCAAGACAUUUGGAACUUCCCAGGCCACAAACAACACAGAGAUGAGCGAGACAGAGCGGAAGCUGGAUGAAGUCAACCGAUUGAUGGCUCAAGCAAGUUGCUUUGAGAUUGUCGAUCUCAAGCAGAAACUUUUGCGAAACCUCAAAAAACAAACCCAGAGAUUUCCGAGGAAAGUGCCCAGCAGUUUGUCAUUCGUGGAGUUUGAGGAAGGUCAGAGUUCACUAGGUGAAUUGGCGAAGUCAGGAUCGGAGGCUGGACUGGAAGCAGCAUCAACGGAGCAAACCCCACCUGUAAGACCACUCAGGAACAAAGACAUCGGCGGAAAAUGGUACCUGAAGAUACAAAUAACCCAAUUCGGUCAGAAACAGACCAAAUUUCGGCGCGUGUUUGGUGUUGCAGUAUUCUCCAACGGUGAAAUACUCGCGACGGACAUGGGGCACAAAAUGCUGAUCUCUUACGCACCCGGCACCGGCAAGCCACAAGCACCUGCAAGACCCCAAGGAUUACAAAUCAAAAGUCUAGGCAAUCCCAGUUGUGUGGCGGUCAACAAGGAUGACCAGCUUGUCCUUCUCGACAAGCUUGCAGUCAAGAUCUUCGACCGGAAGCAUCAACCUCUCCACAAGUUCAAACCCGGCGAAGGUCCCAACAUAACACCCACCUGCCUAGCGGUGGAUGACAACAAUCUGAUAGCAGUCGGCUACGAGAAAACUGAAGAGAUCUCCCUACACGAGCCAGACGGAUCCCUCAUCCGGACCCUCCCUGCACCAAUGAUCGGUUCUCAUCUGACCAUCAGUAAGCAGCGGCUUAUCUUCACCUGCUGGGAGAAGAAGAAGCUGGCAUCAAUGGACUACGUCGGAGGCAAGGUGUUCUCGUCUGACAUACCCUGCGACAUGCAUGGGAUAUGGGGCCCCACCGGCGUGUGCUGCGACAACAGUGGUCACAUCUUCGUUGCCGUACACGGAUGGCUGUCUGGUGGAAUUUUUAAGUUCAGUUCCGAAGGUAGGAUCUUGGGAUGCGUUAUUUCAGAAUGCAAGUUUCCCGCCAGCAUCACAUCUAUGCCGGGCACUGGCCAUCUGGUGGUGGCCUCGAAUACGUCUGUUCAAAUCUUCCACGAAAUUCAAACCAACACUGAACACUUUAACUGA